AACCAUUGCCAAGAAUGAAAUCCAGGGACCUUCUCGUCGUGCGUCGUUACAGACGCCUGGCUUCGCUCUAAAUUUUGGCGUCGCGUCAACUUUUGAGACGUCGCGGCGUCAGUCUGACGUCGUGAGUCCACCAUGCAACAUGUGUUGAGUUUCCCACCGCAGGAGCGAUACUCGGCGGGCGAAGUGGUCACUAAAAGAUUGUGCUGUUCAUUUUUGCUGACAAUUGCUUUCGUGGCUUUAGUAUUAGGAUACCUUUUAGGUCGGUAUUCGCCAAAUAAACAGUUACAGAAUCGUAUGGGAGCCUACAAGGUAGAAGUUGCUAAAAGAAUAAAAUAUCAUAACGAUGCUGCUGAAUUCUUGGAGCACAGGAUUCUAGCUGAGAGAAUACUACAAUACCAUCAGGAUCUCAUGUCACAAGAGCUUCAUGACAAGAAUGGAAGUGUGAAUUACUAUCAAGCUCUGAAAUUGAAGGAGCAUUUUGAGAAAAAUGGUUUCGAUGUUACGACACCACCUCUGCCCGUUAGUGUUAUCCUCACAUACUAUGAUCAGCAUGCACCAAACCAGGUUUCAGUAAUAAAUUCUGUCAACAAUGCAGCUAAAGUCACUGCAAUGUCGCUUCCAAUGUCAGCCAACUUGAGGGAGAAUUUGCAGAGAGAUUCUACCAGUGUUUCAAAAAUAACCGAGGGUGGACUUGUCUAUGCGAACUAUGGAAGUACAGCGGAUUUUCUCCACUUGACUUCAAUGAGCAUACCAGUUCUGAACAACGUUGUUAUAAUUAGAAUCAAAUACAUCACAACGGUAUUUGAUGCUAUUUCAAGAGCCGUUAAAGCUGGGGCAUCAGCGGUUAUAUUGUUCAGCGAUCCUCUACAUACCGAGGAUGAUAUACAGUUCUUAAGUCCAGCCUUGCUUGGAAGACUUCAUGCAACUUUCAGUGGAAAAAUUAACUCAAAUGAGUGUUUCCCUGUCCAUGUUAUUAGAGCAUCAGACGCGGAAAAUAUAAUCAAUGAAAUGGCUUCCGACCAUCCAUCUCCAAGCUUUUGGAGGGGAAAACUCAAAUCAAAAUACUCAAUUGGACCAGGAUUCUUUGAUAAAAAUCUGAAACUUCAAAUAGUAACCAAUGUGGUCAAUGUGAAGCACACAUUUUACAAUGUCAUAUCAGGAAUUCGAGGCCGUGAAGAACCAGACCGUUACGUAAUUUUGGGCAGCAACAGAGAAAUGUUAAUGGAGACUGACGCUGAUCGUUUGGGAAGUACAGCCGCCAUGAUGGAGUUAACUCGUGUUUUUGGUCAACUGCGAUCAACUAAAGGAUGGGUCCCGAGGAGGUCAGUGCUAUUCUGUAGCUGGGGUCUCCAGGGUGACGGCCAUUUUAAUUCGGAAAUUUGGGCUCAACAUUAUGCAAAUUUGCUGAAAGAGCGUGCAGUCGCCUAUGUUAGUAUGGAAACUGCUGUUACAGGCAAUGAGCACUUGAAAGUGCAAGCUGUCCCACUUCUGGAGAAAGCAGUAAGAGAUGCUAGCGCACUAGUUCCUAACCCAAACAGGGUAGAAAUACUUUCUGGACAUAAAACCAUUCUCGACAGCUGGACUAGGUAUUCACAGACAAAGUACAAUACGUCAUUGCAGGUGUAUUUAGGAUACAUUGGCUCACAGGUUUACGAGGAUAAAAACUUCACAGUACAUCGUGCAGUUACUGAGCUGUGGGCCCUCCUAGUCUGGACAUUGUCUGAUAGUUCGGUUCUUCCUUUCAGAGUCACAGACUAUGCUCGAUUCCUGCAGAAAUCUAUCGAUUCCAUAAACUCUACCCAUCAAAAAACCCUACUAGAAAACAAUAUAACACUUGAUGCAUUACAAGAAGCAAUUAAAGAAUUUUUAUCAGUAGCUGAAUCGUUUGAUUCUGAAUUGAAGGAAAUCGAUCAGACGAAUCUACUGAAAUUGAGAAUAGCUAAUGACAAGCUGGUUCAUUUGGAGAAAACGUUGGUGUGUUCUUCACAAUAUGCAAGACACAAAGUGCUGUGGAAAGGCGCAUCAGAUUAUACCGGUUUCGGUCAGUUGCACAUAGAGCUAGAAGAGUUGACCAGUGUGGGAGAUGCAUCUCAGGUUGUUCAACACAUCUCCAUUCUUGCCAACUGCCUGCAUUCAGCCGGUCUACUUCUGCAGGACUCUCUCAGAGCCGUAACGACUGGUGAUAGUGUCUUCAAUAACAGGACAUGA